AGUUUCUAGCCUCCUGCAAUGACCCAACUCUAGUCUGUGCUUUAAGAAAGCCAAACACUGUUUACAGCAAACUGUUUGGCAUAAGCUAUGACAGGCAUCUGUUUUCUGUGUAGAAAAAGAAACCUAUCACACCAACCACCUUUCCAUUUACGUCAAAGGAAACUGAGCAGUUUGUGGGUUCGCGGGAUUUAGCUCUUCACAAGAACAUGCACUCAAACCAUAAAAGCUGUACAUACACUCAGGCUAUUGUGCAGAGCAAUACUUCAGAGGAGUGGGGUCAAGGAAAUUUUACUUUUUGGAUUUAAGUAUUGGUGCUUGCAGACUGCACGGGGGCAGCUUGUUACUUAGAAGACUCUGCCGCAAGAGAUCCAACCUACUGAAGAGCACUGAAUGCGUGCAUCCUUAUCCUCGGACACACCUUCAACAAAGGAAUAGACCCGUGUUGGCACAUCCCUACAUGUUGAUAUGUAAUCAAGCAUCCUAUCCAGAAUCUAUGGUAGCCUGAGGAAGUUGGGAUUGGCUCUGCACCAUCAACUGUUCCUACGGCUUGUGAUUUACAAAAGAAUUCCUUUCUGUUGGCUGUAUCACCAUCUCAUUUUGUUUUCUGAAGAACUGUUGCCUUUGGUGCCAUAGCAGACAGACCACUAUUGCCUAAACCCACUAGUGAGUAACAGACUAUGAUGGGAAGUUUACCCAGUAGGAGGAAGCAGAUUGUAACUCAGCCAAGUCCACAGUCGGAGAUGCAGAACAGCCAAGCCCUCAGCCUCAGCUUUGGUGUCAGGCCACUGGGUGCAGAAUCCCCUAUAGCUGUCGCAGUAUGUGAUUUCCCUUCUGGGCAUGCUGAGCCAAUACUCAGGAUGGGGGAGCAGCUGAAUUUGCUAUCUGAAAACGGUGAAUGGUGGAAAGUGGAGUCUAUCAGAAGCGGCAAAGACUGCUGUGUUCCCUGCAACCACAUAGCUAAAAUCUCUCACAGAUGGCUCUACAAGGGCAUUGACCGAUCCAAAGCUGAGGAGCUGCUGUUGCUGCCUUCCAACUGUGAAGGCUCUUUCCUGAUAAGAGAAAGCCAAAUGAGGAAAGGUUGUUACUCCUUGUCCAUCAGGCACACAAAUCGUGCAUCCUGGGAUUGUGUAAAACACUAUCGCAUUCACUGCAUGGAGAACAGUUGGCUUUAUAUCUCUCCUCGCCUCACCUUCCCAAGCUUGCAAGAGCUGGUGGAUUACUAUUCUGAAACUAGAGGUGGCUUAUGUUGCUGCUUGAAGGAGCCGUGCUUCAUUCAAGAAUCUACUUCAGGCUUCCUCCACCACCUUUCCAAAGCCGUGGUAGUGAAAAAGCCAGCUCUCAAUUGGCAGGAGAUUAACAGCUCUGACCUGUUCUCAGAAGGUCCCCUACCAGAAGAUUAUCCCAUCAGCCUAGGCCUGCGGGAAUCUGUCACUUCUUACCUGUUAAUGACUGAAGACCUGUCCUUAGAGGAUACACUCGACGAGCAGGGGUGGAGAUCCAAAGAUACUUAAAGCCGC